AUGGGUCAAGCUAAGGUGAAGAGGUAUAGCAGGUUUCCUUCGCUGCAGAGCAUCGCCGCUAGUAGGAAGACCAGGACUAUUCGACAUACGUUAUCCAGCCCUACUCUUGCGUUUAGCCCUAACAAAAUAUUCGUGCCCAUUAGGGGUUUUAGUACCUCUCAUUUAAGUUCCCUGAAACCCAAUAGUUCUCUAAAUACUUUACCUGUGUGCCGUCAACAAAUAAAUGGGACAUACACAUCGCUUCGAUCGUAUGCAGGCAAUGCCGGGUGCCCCUGUCCAUUCCCUUGUGGACCCUGUGGUUGUAAAGGUGGCUGCAGUUGUCUUCCUCCACCAUGUAACACCCCACCCAAGUGCAUCCAAUACAUGACUGGAUAUUACUACUAUCCCUAUGGUACAUGGUUUUGCGGACCUUACCACGUUAGUGGAACUUGUGUACCGGUUCCAAAGCCUGGCUGUGUCCCUUGCGGUAAAUGCUGUCCUUGCGCAUGCAUUUGCCCUGCAGGGACCGUCUUUAACCCUUCUGGAAUGGGUCAGCAGUCCAACCAAAACCCGGGCUCGCUUAGCGAAGCACCAAAACGAGGUGGUGUGUCAAGAUUGUUCCCCACCAUCCAAAAACCUUCAGGCUACAAUCCUAGAAAUCCUGUCCCACCAAUCGUGUCUUCGAUAGUUUAUAGCCCCUGUACGUUGCCAGAGGCAAAUAUGAAAAUAAGCCCCAUCCCACAGGAAGAUAUUUGUAUCCCCGAUAUUUAUGUUCCGCCUGAAACAUCACAGUGGAAUAUAACAUCAUUCGGAAAUAAGCGAUCGCUAAGAAGUUCAAUUUUUCAUAGAAGAUUCCGCCAGAAACAGCCAAGCCCUCAGCUCGAUAGACCACGGUUUCUUUCUACUAACAACGCUUGGAAGAAAGUCAUCCGAGGAUACUCGCGGAAACAAUUUGAACGCCCUGAGCCAAGUGUAAGGAAGAUGAAGCUAAACCCGAAUACCACGAGGCAGUCCUUUGUACCGCGCAGAAGUAUGUCAUCGCCAUGCAUAUCAACUAAAAUUCCGGAACGCUUUUCGACCUUAAGAAAUUCACGAUCCAUGACGAUCCAUGCCAGGCCUCCGUUGUUCCAAUACCGAUGCUAUACUCGGUUCUGUGCUGCUCAGGCCUUAAACGCUGCUGGAACGUGCAGCUGCCUCCCUCCACCUUGCGAUUGCCCACCCAAGUGCAUCCAAUAUAUGACUGGUUAUUACUACUAUCCGUACGGCACUUGGUUUUGCGGGCCUUAUCAUGUGUCUGGGACCUGCACCCCAUGUGGCGGUCCCGUGACACCUGGUGGGCCGUGUGGACCGGGUGGUCCCUGUCCCGGAACUCCGUGUGGCCUUCCCGGCAUCGCUCCUUGUAAAUGCGGGCCCUGUCUACCGUGCUGCGGGUGCGUUUUUGAAAAUGGUAAUACAAGCAAUUACACAAUGUCGCAUCCGCACUGCGUACCUUUUGCGUCUGGCGUUCCUGGACCAUUUCACGGAACAGUAGACAUGUAUGGACAGUUUGGGUCCGGCUUAAGUAGUGGUGGAUCGUUAGGUUAUAAUGCUAGUGGUUUCCAUGAUCCAAUGAAUGUAUUUGCAUCACACGGAGUACCUGGUGGUUUCCACAACGGGCCAAUGGAUUUUUCAGGACAAUACAACCCUUACUCUCCGUAUCAGGGGUCUUACCCACAGCAAACAUUUGAUCCUAACAUGCCGUUUUAUCCAUCGCAACAUAACGCUAACCAGAACUGUGGGCCGUGCUACAAUGUUCCAAUCCAGCCUGUUGAAGUAGAGCCUUUCAUGAUGCCCGAAAACAUCCCUAAGCCUGAAUUUUACACGCAACAGCAACCGCAACCAGCACCAGAAGUGAAGCAGAAGUCGAAAUGCAAUGCUUUUCCACUAUACCGUAAGCCAGAGGAGAGUAAAGACUCGAAAGGAACCUCGCCUGCAGCGGAAUGUCUAACAUCAGCAGCCUACUCUUAUCGGACUAAUCCUUUGCCAAAAUCGCCCAAGUUUCAAAUCCCAACACCGUAUAGGACGAGAUUUGAAAAACCCAGACCAUAA